AGCACAUUUCGGCACACCGCGUAUGCGGUCACUUCAACGCCAAGUACGUGUCCAAAAUCAUGAAACGAAAGUAAAUCAAGAAUGUUGCUGCUGCGGAACGUAAAUACUAGCUAAACUCGUGAAAUUGGCCAGUGCGAAUCACAGGUGCACUCCGUUGGGAAAAUCACAUUCAGAUGCAGUCCGUUGGUCGCAAAGCGACUAAGCACUCCAGAAACUAAACAUAGUAUCAAAAACAACAACUGCAUAGAGAGAGAGAGAGAGCUAGCAACAGCAACAGUCACAAAAAUAAAAACAUCUACCUUAAAAAUUAAAAUGACAACACACACAGUGCAGCGAAACCUUUGGGCCUCGGGCUUGGUGGUCCUUAUAUUGCUUCUUUAUUGGACGGAUUCAACAAGAGGAUACUUUGCGGCCAUCGACGAAGCCAAGACCAGCAAAAAUUGCUUCUGUGAGUUGGAGGGAUCUAUAAACGACUGCAGCUGCGAUGUGGACACAGUGGAUCACUUUAACAACAUGAAAAUCUAUCCGCGUCUGCAGAGUCUGCUGGUGAAGAACUUCUUCCGCUUCUACAAGGUGAACCUGCGCCAGGAGUGUCCCUUUUGGCCGGACGACAGUCGAUGUGCGAUCCGCUUCUGCCAGGUGGAAAACUGCGAGGAGCAAGCUAUUCCGGUGGGCAUAAAGGAGAAAGGAGAGCACAAGGAGAAGGCGUCGUUUAAAUAUACGCGGGAGGCGCAAGUGGAGGGCGGGGCUUGCUCGGAUGGUGAAGAUUUCGAUAGCUCCUUGGGAUUCCUGGACACAAGUAUAAGUGACCAAGCGCACAGGGAAUUCGAGCUGUGGGCGAAGCAUGACGAGGCGGAGGAGGACUUUUGUAUAGUAGAUGACCAUGAGGAGGGUUCCCAGUAUGUGGAUCUGCUUCUGAAUCCCGAGCGGUACACUGGAUAUCGCGGAGAGUCGGCACACCGCAUCUGGAAGAGUAUUUAUCUGGAGAACUGCUUUGGUGGCAAUAACGAAACGGCUAAUAAGUUCUCGAACUAUGUGCCCCAUUUUGAUCUGCGGGACGUGUGCUUGGAACAGCGUGCCUUUUACCGCAUUAUCUCUGGACUCCAUUCCAGCAUUAAUAUCCAUUUGUGCUCCAAAUAUCUGCUGUCCGAAUCGAAAGACUUCCUCGAUCCUCAGGGCAUCUGGGGUCCAAACGCCAAUGAGUUUAAGCGACGCUUUAGCCCGGAAACCACAGGCGGUGAGGGGCCACACUGGUUGCGGAACCUCUACUUCAUCUAUCUGGUGGAGCUGCGCGCCUUGGCAAAGGCUGCUCCUUAUUUGCGGCGCGAGGAUUACUACACAGGCAUAGCCGAGGAGGAUGAGGAGGUCAAGCUGGCCAUCAACGAUAUGCUGUCUGUCGUUGAAAAUUUCCAAUCUCACUUCGAUGAAAAUGCUCUCUUCAGUAGCGGCAUUGCGUCCAUUAAGUUCAAGCACGACUACAAGGAGAAGUUCCGCAACAUAUCCCGCAUUAUGAGCUGUGUAGGCUGUGAUAAGUGCAAACUCUGGGGCAAGCUGCAGACACAAGGAUUGGGAACUGCUUUGAAGAUCCUUUACUCGGAGAAGCUUAAUCUGGCCACAGAAAGCGGACUGUGGGACAAGCCACACAUUGAAGCAGAUCCCAUCUUCAGACUGUCGCGUACAGAGAUUGUUGCUCUCUUUAAUGCUUUUGGAAGAUUAUCAAACAGUAUAUACGAAAUGGAGAACUUCCGACGCGUGCUGAGGUAACCCAGCCCACCUAGACUUUCCGAGUGACGGCCCUGAUCAUAGAUGCACCGUUGCAUGACCUACUAGUUAAUUUAUACGCACAUCACUGUGGCUGUAUCUUAAGCAUCUUCCAGAUUGCGGUCUACCCUUCCAUAUUUCGUAACACUUAACCGGCCAGAGGCUAGCAACCCCAGGAAAGCUGCUUCCCUGUACAUACAAACUAUUACCUAGGCUACUUGUACUUUAGCACACCGUAUCACCCUCAUAAGAAAUAACCAAAUGACAAAAAACAGCCCAGGAAGGAUGCAGGUGUUUAAUGUAAGUUAGGAUAGUAUUUAUUGUAGCUGGAGGAGUUUGUAAGCAGAACUUAAUGAGAACGUAAACGCAUUGUGCAAUAACUCGACCUUACGACACGAGGAAUUAAAAUAAAUGAGCAGUUAGAUGUUUUGAAA